CUGUCCGAAUUAUUUGGCUGCGGCUUGGAAUUAUACACAACCGUGCAGACAUGGCUGCAAACACAGUCAUACUUGUGCCUAAUCUCAAGCCGCAGCCAAUUCGUUUGGACGCGACUUACUUCAACUGGAGUGUAUAAAAAAACUUUAAAAAGACAUUCGCCCAGAGUGGUAACUAGAGUCGAAGAGAACGCACCUGAGAUUUUUGGCAGUAAUCAGAAGCGUGCAUACUGCAAAAUUGAUUCACUGUGUUCAUUUAUUGGAGCUUACUGUAUACGUCUUUUGACUAAGUUGACUUGAAAAGAUUAUCGAAACUCAGUGCCGCAACACGACACGUCACUGCGAGAGCUUCACACUCACAGUUAAAAUCAAGUUAUCUCGCUGAACGUGGGUUCCGUUGAAGGCUUUACUGCUUCCAACACCUACAACAGUGCGCACACUAUUCGGUAGCAUAAACCCAUGCUCAGUGACAGAAGGCAGACAGUACUUCUUCGAUGAGAAUUGUUUUCUUCCCGUACGUUGGACAACAAGAAUCGUUUUCUUGAUGGCCAGUGGAAUCAGUAUCACACGCUGGACCGGACCAGAUUUCCUCAGACCUUCGGCCGCUUUCGUUGUUUUACUCCUAGCUGGAAUUCGGACGACAGUACUUGUCUCAGGCGCUAGCAUCCCGGCGAUCGUGCCGCUGCAGGCGAAACACCAUCACCUCAUUUCGAAACUGUCACAAUAUGAACUGGUCAGACCGUAUAGAUCCACACCUGACGGCAACUUUCUGAGCCACGAUCUCUCUACGGCCAAGGAGGAAGAGCGGAAUGUCUACGAGCGCGCCAAAAGAGACACGCUCGAGAAUCAUCGAUACGGUGGUCGCGCCGCGCGCAACGCCCGCAGUACAUCGCAUUCACACCGAAUAACCGGUGAUGACCUCCACGAUGACCUCAGGCAGAAUCACCACUUCCGGGUCGACGCGUUCGGCGAGCGGUUGACGCUGAACGUCACGCGAAACCGUUUCCUGAUUUCACCCAAAAUGAGAGUUGAGCGGUAUAACGAGGACGGCACGAAAGACGUCUACCGACCCAACGUACUAUGCUAUUACAUCGGCGGUGUGAAUAACGAUCCACGGUCUACCGUUGCUAUUAGCAACUGUGACGGAUUGAGUGGUUUCAUUCGAACAGGGAGCGAGGAGUAUGUUAUUGAGCCCUUGGAAUCAGUUGUAGGCAGAUCACAGGUCAACAUAUCACAAGGUCAUCUACACAUCAUGUACAAACCCAAAGACUUCAAGAUGGAUGCUACCGAGCUUCAGACACCCUUGACAAUGGACCUUCACGACGACACACCGGAUGCAGAGGAGAAUUUCUCCGCGAGAUGGCAAGAGACACAGCACACGGAGAAUCCUUCUCGCGAGAGGAGGCGGGCUGGAGAUCCGGAUCAGAAACACUUUGUGGAAACACUCCUUGCAGCCGACUACUCCAUGGACAAUUUCCACAGAGAUGGACUGCCCAAUUACCUCCUGACCAUGCUGAAUAUCGUGAAUGUUGCUUAUCACCACGAAAGCAUGCCAUUUGAUAUUCAGUUUUCAGCAUCGCGAAUCAUCAUUCUUAGCCGAUCUAAUCGCUUGGUCGUGGAGAAUCAAGCCCAGUCGAGUUUGUCUAAUGUGUGUCGAUGGGCAGCUAUGCAGACAGUCCGUGAUGACACACAACCGAAUCACCACGAUUUGGCAGCGUUUGUCACCAGGCUUGACUUCGGGCCAGCAGGCUAUGCCCCAGUGACCGGUAUGUGUGCAAUGACCAGGAGUUGUGCCUUGAGCAGGGAUGAAGGCCUGUUGUCUUCAUUUGUUGUGGCCCACGAGGCGGGACAUGUGUUUGGUAUGGAGCAUGACGGCAGCGGCAACAGGUGCAGUACCGAGCCAUAUCACGGCUCCAUCAUGGCGCCAGUUGUUAUUUCCACCUACACCGACCAUUUCUGGUCAGAUUGCAGUAUCCAGGAACUCCUUCGUUACAUCGGGAACUAUGAAUGUCUCGAGGAUGACCCAUUUGAUAAUGGCAUUGCGGAGUUUGAAGGAUACCCUGGUGAAUGGUACGACAUGGACCAACAGUGUAAAUUUGACUUUGGGAACGACUUUGAGCUGUGCGGAAGCCCGGACGAUAAUCAAGCUUGCUAUCAGCUGUGGUGUAUUGAUCCAUAUGACCCGCAGUACUGCCGAACAAAGAAAGGGCCACCAUUGGAUGGAUCGCCGUGUGGGCUGGACAAACAUUGUAUCCAGGGAAACUGCAUCUACAAGGACAUCGGGAGACAGAACGGUGAGUGGAGUAAAUUCUCCCCCUGGAGCGACUGUACGUAUCCGUGUGGUGUUGGUGUUCAGGUCAGAACAAGGACAUGCGAUAACCCACCACCAACCAAUGGCGGCAAAGAUUGCAAGGGGGAAGCUUACGAGUAUCGUCUCUGUAACAAAAAGCCCUGUGUCGGAGAAUGGGAAGACCGACGGGCUAAACAGUGUGAAGACAAUCUGGGAAGCUUUAUUCUGAGAGGACGACAGCACAGGUGGCUUCCGCACGAAAACCGAAAUCAAACACUGCAAUGCAGACUCACCUGUAUCUCAGAGAGCACGCAAGAGGCCGUCAUCGCGGAUUAUGAUGUGACGGACGGCACGCCCUGUUCCUAUGACGAUCCCCACAGUAUAUGUGUACAGGGCAAGUGUUUGAAACUCGGCUGCGACAAGCAAGUUGAUUCUACCAAAGUGGAGGACAGAUGCGGAGUCUGUGACGGAGAUAACACACAGUGCACCUUCAUUGAGAGGCAUUUUUCUCAAGCUCCAAAAAAAAAAUAUCAAGUCAUACACACCUUACCUAUUGGCGCCCGCUACAUUGAUGUCCGUGAGAACUCGCAAACAAAUAGUUUUCUUGCCUUGCGGCGUCCAGCUGGGAAGGUAUACAUCCUGAACUCCCGUGGCACCCAAUCUGGCCCGCACUCCUUCAUCGGGGCUGGAGCUCGUUUUGUUUACUCUCCUGAUACGGAACGACUGUUCUCUGUGGGUCCCCUUCGAGAAGAACUGGAUUUGCUGGUUUUCUGGAAGAGAAACAGCAAGCCCAUUGACAUCACCUACAGCUACUAUCUCAAUCAAGAGGAAGGGCUCACACCCCAGACCGAUCCCCCGCCGACCUCCGAGCAGCCCGAGGUGGUCCCCACUGUGGGCGAGGAAGAGCCCGAGUAUGUGUGGGAGGAUGAAGGCUGGACGGAUUGCACCAGGACGUGCGGUGGAGGAUUCUCUUUCCACCAGUUCAGGUGCUACCGCACCAACGAUAACGUCAGGGUUAAGAAGACAUUCUGCGGUCAAGGGGAUUACAAUCCCAAGGACACUAAACGUUUGUGCAACGAGCAAGCCUGUGGAAGCACGUUGACCACUACUCAAGCAGCGCCUCCUACCACCGCACCGUCCACUCAGCCUCCAACCACAACAGUUGCAACGACACAGAGACAAACUACCAAACCACCCACAACGACACAUCGUACCACAACUACCCCACAGACAACUCAGCCACCAACAACUACACAACCUCCCACGACUACGACCCAGGCGUCACCGACAACUUGGCCACCAACAACUACACAACCUCACACGACUACGACCCAGGCAUCACCGUCAACUCAGCCACCAACAACUACGCAACCUUCCACAACUACGACCCAGGUGUGGACUACCACGAGUAGACCGACGACGCAGCUACCCACUACAACCACAACAACAACACCAACCCUGACCACCACGAUUAUGACCGAAGCCCCUGAGCCCACAACCAAAAAGAAACCGAAAAAGGGGAAAAAGAAGGCGGUAUUCAAGUGGAAGGCCCACCCGUGGCGACCUUGCUCCCACACCUGCGGGACCCAGGGCACCCAGAUCCGUACGGUCACCUGCUCCAAGAAGUUAGGCAAGAAGAUCUCCACUGCGCUGGAGAUCAAAUGCACAGAGGAAAAACCUGCUACAACCCAACCCUGCAAUCGCGAACCGUGCCCUGCGCAAUGGAGUGUGGGCGAAUGGUCAAGUUGCACGGUGACUUGCGGAGAUGGUGUCAAGAACCGAGAGGUGACGUGCGACGCUGGCGAGUUCCAGUGUCCUGAUGAGGAACCGGCUUCCACCACUACGUGCAACUUAGGGGAAUGUCCUCAAGAAGGGCCAACUUUCAGGUGGAAGGCCCACCCGUGGCGGCCUUGCUCCCACACCUGCGGGACCCAGGGCACCCAGAUCCGUACAGUCACCUGCUCCAAGAGGCUCGGCCAGAAGAUCUCCACCGCCCUGGAGAGCAAAUGCACUGAGGAGAAACCCGCUACAACCCAACCCUGCAAUCGUGAAUCAUGCCCUGUGCAAUGGAGUGUGGGCGAAUGGUCAAGUUGCACAGUGACUUGCGGAGAUGGUGUCAAGACUCGAGAGGUGAUUUGUGGGGCACCGGAGAGUGAUCCUGGCGAGUUCCAGUGUCCUGAUGAGGAACCGGCUACUACUGCUACCUGCAACUUAGGGGAAUGCCCUCGAGAAAGGCCAACUUUCAGGUGGAAGGCCCACCCGUGGCGGCCUUGCUCACACACCUGCGGGACCCAGGGCACCCAGACACGCACGGUCACCUGUUCUAAAAGGCUCGGCCGGAAGAUCUCCACCGCCCUGGAGAGCAAAUGCACCGAGGAGAAACCCGCUACAACCCAACCCUGCAAUCGUGAAUCGUGCCCUGCACACUGGAGUGUGGGUGAUUGGUCUAGUUGCACAGUGACCUGUGGAGAUGGUUUCAAGAGUCGAGAGGUGAUGUGCGGCGCGCCACAGAGCGACCCUGGCCAGUUCCAGUGUCCUGACGAGGAACCGGCAACUACCGCAACCUGCAACUUAGGGGAAUGUCCAGAAGAGACCGGCUGUGUACCCAUGCAAAGCAUCAUCUGCCAGCGAGAUCAGUUCCGUAGCUACUGUAUGAUGCCCAACUACGAAGACAUCUGCUGCACCACUUGCGAGGAGCAGGAAAACCUUCUUGACGAGGAGAACAGUAAGAAGAAGAAGAAAAAGAAGAGGAAGAAGAAAGGGCGUGGCCGUUCGGGGAGGGAGGAGUAGCCACACCUAGGUGCCUUUACCGAAACUGACCGAGUGCUCUGCACUGCGCCCAUUCCGUGCGCUGCCCUAGACCAUUUCAAUCUGUGCAGAACAGAGAAAUCCUUGACAAAUUAGCUCGUUCACGGCCUGAACAGAAAUGAAUAUUUCUGAUCUGCAAAGGCGCUAGGUAACCUCGGAGCCUCAAAGAACCAUGGCCGGUUACCCAACUGAUAUACUACGGAGUGAGGUAAUACUCCCCAACUAAAUGGUAGCAUUCAAGGAAAUGCAUAUAUUAAAUUCACCAAAACUACCUCAACAAAUAUAUCGAUCAGUAUUGAUUCUUUUGUAUUCAUAUUUAUUGAUUGCAUCGACUGCUGGCAUAGCUCAUCUGCUACAUUUGAGUGCACACUCCUAAACUCUCUCCAAUGUCCUUGAAAACACUGGCUUGAUCGGUGAGCAUGCGAACUGGUCGCGGAAGAACGAUCGUCAGUUUCGGAAAGGUGGCUUCACCCUGAAAGGGCUGUUUUUUUGUUUUUUUCCUAUUCCCAUCCCCCACCAAGAUCUUGGUUGUCACAUGACAAAUCUUUUUGAACCAUAGCGUGCAUGUAGAGGCACCCGUUGUAAGUACAUCUGUGAAUUUUCAAUUCAAUCCGAUUAAGGGUCGAGUUGUUCUCAACACUUUCCAGUUUACACUCUAACACAAGUAGGCCCGAGCGGUGGAUUUGUCAAUGGGAAGAGUGACUAAUGCUGGCCUUGGGAGAAAAUGGUUGUUUCACCAGAAUAGUGACGGGUCAAAUUUUUGGUCAUUCACACCAUGGAGAAAGGACACAGAAGGAGUUUGAACUGCCCGGGCUAUAACAUCUGGCCAAUUACCGUUCUCUGGCAUGCCCGGUAUGUCCAUAGCCAAAGCGUAGUGAAUGCUUGCUAAGCACCACCUGUUUCACAACCAUAAGCCCCCUUUGUACCCCAUGAUCGUCGCCACAAUUUUUCGGAGAUAAUGUGCAUCCUUAAAACAUUGUGUACUGCAGUAUAGGAAGUUGAAUAUUCAUGCCAUCGUUGGUGCUUGGUAUGAUCUGACAUCAAAUUUAAUGCUUGCGCAGUUGCUUGUAUUAGGCUGUGUGCCCUAAGUGUUCAUGUGCAGUCGUUGCCCUGAUCGAACACUUUCUUCUGAACUUAUUUUGGGAAUAAACAGCCAAGUUGUUUAUAAGAUAUUGUGUUUUAUCAUUUUUAUUACAGCAUUUAUACAA